AUGGCUUCUUCCUCGACCCCCAACCCCAAGGCUCGCAACUUUGCGACCGGCCCUCCCGCCUCGAGCAAAGGCAUCGACUUCUACAGCGUCGACACGCCCAACGGCAUGAAGAUCUCGCUCGCCUUUGCUGGUAAGGGUCUCUGGCGGGUACCUGUGACUGUCGAUGCUGAAACAACACCACUUUGUCCGCUCCCCUCCACCGCUCUUCCCGCUCCUCCCCCACAUUGCCCGCGCGAUCCUGUUCCGCCUGGCCUGCUGCACCUCUUCCUGGCUCACACGUCCGCAGAGCUGAAGGAGGCCGGCUCAGACCUCGUUGUCAACCGCCACAACAUCAACUUUGGCAAGAACGAGCAAAAGGAGGAAUGGUGCGUCAUGGCAUCUAGCCGGUCGAAGAGACUUAGCCUGGACGCCCGAUCAGACGAACUGGACUUGACCACGUUCGACCCAUUUCCCUCCGGGGCGGCGCAGGUUCCUCAAGGAAGUCAACCCCAAUGGAAGAAUUCCUGCUGUCAGUAGUGGAUCGAUCGAAUCUUGUCGACGCCGGUGAUCUAGUAUUGACUCUCGGUUGUGAUGCCAUGCAGAUCGUGGACCGUGACCGUGACAAUCAAAGUGUAUGCAGCCCGUCAGCGUAUCAUGAACAACUCGUGUGCACCAGCUCAUACCUCACGCUUUGAUGUCACCAGGUCUUUGAGUCGGGCUCGAUCUUGCUCUACAUCGCCAAAGUGAGCCGAGUUGAAAAGACAUGCAAAACCCUGCCGCCAACCUCGGACACUGAUCGGUGUUACAUGACUCUUCAGCACUACGACUCGACGUACAACUUGCACUUCCAAGAUGACAAGGACGAGACCGACAUGGUAUGAUUUAAACUCUACCCGACCUCGCAGAAAGGAACGAGGUAUCUGACCGGACGCUCUCAUGUUCAGAUCUCAUGGAUCUUCUUCCAAAACACCGGCCUCGGUCCGAUGCAAGGCCAAGCGAACCACUUCCUCUCUGCCGCUCCGGAGAAGAUCCCCUACGCCGCUCGUCGCUUCAUCGACGAGACCAAACGCUUGCUCUCCGUCUACGAGGAGAAGCUUGUCGGCCGCGAAUACGUCGUCGGCGAAGGCCAGGGAAAGUACUCAUAUGCCGAUAUCGUGAGUCUUUACGCCGCCUCGACGAUAUUGCACGGGCCUGAGGCUUACUGAUGCGUAAAUUUCAAUUCUUACGCAGACGGCGUUCACCUGGAUCCGGGCCGUGCCUCUCGUCCUGGGUGCUUCACUCUCGGAAAGCGGUUUCCCCAACGUCGAGAAGUGGGUCGCGAGGAUAGCCGACCGCCCCGCUUCCAAGGCCUCGUUCAAACCCGACGAUUUCGUCACCAAGGCUUUGAGCGGCGGUCCGGAGGCGUUGAAAAAGAGGGUCGAAUGGGUCUACGAGCAGAAGGAGGAGCACAAGAAGGACGAGCUUUGA